UUGAGUUUUCCUACAGUUAAUGUCAAUACAUUAGCUUGUACUACAAAUAAGUUAAAUAAUUUAUUUAAAUUUAUUCUUAAAAUAAAUUAAAAAUAAUUAAAAAAACAAGUGCAAAAAUGUCGUUUAUUGAGAGAACUGGUUUCUUUGCCGAUUACUAUUUGAAUUUGAAAAAUUCUAUUAACAAUUUCGAGGAGGAAAUUGAAAAAAUUAAAUUGUGCAAAAAUGAUCUAGAACGUGUAAAAUUUUUAGAGAAUUUAAAAGGUGUCCCGGAACAAGACGAUAAAUUGUCCAUAAAACGAGAGUUUGAGGGUAAAAAUUCGGUUGCAGCAGCUGAAUUUAAGGAAAAGGGCAAUUUAGCUUUUAAAUCAAAACAAUGGCUGGAGGCUAUGGUUUUAUAUACCAAAAGUUAUGUAGCUUUGCCGGAGGAUAAAGUUCUCGAAAAAGCUAUUAUUUUGGCCAAUCGUUCGGCUUCUCUUUAUCAUAUGGAAAAGUACGAUGAGACUUUAAUUGAUAUAAAGCGUUCUUUGGAUUAUGGCUAUCCCAAAGAUUUGUUGUAUAAACUCUACGAUCGCCAGGCCAGAUGUUAUAUGGCCAAAAAGGAUUACCCCAAUACCAUUCACUGUUUCAAAAAAUUUAUUACCGCUUUGGAUGAUGCACCUUCUGUACAAUCUGAUAAACGUUCUAAAAUGAUUAUGGAUGCCAUGACCAUGAUUAAAAUGUUGGAAAGAGAUCCUCGCACCAAUAAACAAAUUGAGUUCCAAAAGAAAAAAGGCAUUUCCCCUGAAAUUAUACCCAGUUUGGCUAUUCCAGAUGAAAAGGAACUACUAAGUCCUUCUAUACGUUUUGAUGAGAGUCGUCAAGAAGGUCGUUUCGCUCGUGCAGCUACUGAUAUUAAAGUAGGCGAAGAAAUUUUGAUCGAGAAACCCUUUGUGGCAGUGCUUUUAGAAAAAUUCUCUAAGUCCCAUUGUGAUCAUUGUUUUAUAAGAACUGCCAUACCAGUGGCCUGUCCCAAAUGUGCCGAUGUUAUCUACUGUUCCGAAAAAUGCCAGCAAAGAGCAAUAAACUCCUAUCACAAAUACGAAUGUGGCAUGCUACCUACAAUUUGGCGCUCGGGUGCCUCGGUUAAUUGUCAUAUGGCUCUGCGUAUAUUUGCCAAUAAAUCGGUAAAGGAAUUUUUACAAAUUGCCGAUAAAGUGGAUACAAAACUCUAUAUAGAACAAAUACAACAAUUACCGAAAGACGAUUAUAGAAGAGUUUCUCACUUGUUAAGACAUGAAGACACUAGAACCGCUUCAAAUUUCUUUCAACAUACUUUAAUGGCCCGCUUUCUAACCAAAUGUUUACUAAAAUCGAACUACUUUGGCGAUAAUGCCAAAUCGGAAGAUAUUGUAAAAAUUGAGGCUUUGGUUUUAAGAAGUUUACAAUUUUUACAAUUCAACACUCACGAAGUGGCUGAAUUGCAUAAAUCUCAACGGGAUGGCAGUGAAAAGACACUAUUUAUUGGUGGUGCUUUAUAUCCCAAUUUAGCUUUAUUCAAUCACUCCUGUGAUCCAGGUGUUGUAAGAUAUUUCCGAGGCACUACUAUACACAUUAACACCGUUAAACCGAUUGAAGCUGGCCUGCAAAUAUCAGAAAAUUAUGGUCCCAUUUAUACGCAAGAGGAACGUAAUGAACGUCAAACAAAAUUACUGGAUUUAUAUAAGUUUGAAUGUUGUUGUGAUGCUUGUUUAGAGGAUUGGCCAACAUUUGAUAAAUUGCGCACCGAUAUUAUCCGUUUCCGUUGUGAUGCACCCAAUAAUUGUACUGCUGUUGUUGAGGUGCCACCAUCUUGCAACGACUUUAUGAUUAAGUGCCCCAAAUGUUUGGAGUGUACCAAUAUUUUGAAGGGUUUAAAAGUGAUGCAGGAUACUGAAAUGAUGACACGUACCGCUAAGCGACUUUACGAUACGGGUGACUACUCUAAGGCUCUUAAUAAAUAUAUCGAUUUAAUUAAAAUCAUGUAUGAGGUUUUAGUACCACCCUUUCCCGAUUUUUGUCAAUGUCAACAAUACCUCAAAGAUUGUUUCUUACAUUUUGGUAAUUUCUAUAAUUUAGAUUAAAUUUCCAGUUAAAACAAAAGAAAUAAAGAAAAAGGAUUAUUACAAAUUAUACCCCUAA